CAUGCAUCGGGUGUUGGAAGCAUGUCAUGGAACACACAUAGACCGGUACUCUCGAGUGGAUCUCGUACUGGUGCUACACACCACAUAGAUGUGCGAGUGGCAAACCACCAAGUCGCCACCCUGCAGAACCACACCCAAGAAGUUUGUGGACUCCGCUGGUCGCCUGACGGCAGAUAUUUGGCCAGUGGUGGCAAUGACAAUCUGAUCAAUAUCUGGUCAAAUUAAAUUGCUUCCUCACCACCUGUCUGAACUUUGAGUGACCAUCAAGCAGCUGUAAAUGAAAUGGCUUGGUGUUCGUGGAAAUUGUACUUGCUGGCUACAGGAGGAGUAACGGCAGACAUACACAUACGUGGUUGGAAUGUCCAGUCUGGUGCCAGUGUAGGCGCACAUGAUACAGAAUCCCAGGUGUGUUCUAUUCUGUGGUCUCAAGAGCGUAAAGAACUGAUCUCAGGGCACGGUUACGCUCUCAAGCACCGCAGGAUUUGGAAGUACCCCACAGAAUAA